AUGCGACCGCUCGUAGCUCUUAGAAUGUUAUCGGGAAAGCGCGGGAAAAGCGACUAUCAGCCGUUCAGGCGGUACUCAGCGCCGGCUGGCUCAGUAGGCCCUCGCCUUCCGAUCAGGAUGGACGUACGUGCGCUCCGUAUAACUCUCGCUGUGAUCGCGAUCUCAAUCGCGCGCGCCCACAUACAGCCGUCCUCACACGACAAUAUACUGAGGAUACAAUUGUGGGACGGCGAAGGUAUGAGCAAGGAAGUCAGGUCCACCACCCAAACACCGAUCAAACAUCACAAACUUAAAGUUAAUUUGGACACUUUAUUAGACGCGAUGAUGAGCGAUGAGGAUCCAAGUGCUGAAAGAUUUGCAAGGCAUAGAGUUAGGCACAAACGACGCCGGCCGCGUCAGAGCGGUACGGAUCUACCGUGGAGGUUUCAUUCAGGCUCAGGUUUGAGGAACGUGGCUGUUUACGACGACGACGUGCCCUGGGACUUGAUCGAGGGAAAGAAUUCGAAUUCAGGGAGUGUGAAUGCGAGUGCUGUGAGUGAUUCGAGUGUCAACGUGGAUGUGAGAGAAGUGUCUCCGCCGAUGACACUGAGGCAGGACGAGGACGAGGAAGUUAAGAAGCAAUUGCCGGUUGUACCGAAAUGUUGUUCCAGCGGCCAGAAUCUUACAGUUACUUAUGAAAAUGGCAAAGUAAAAUCUGUUUGUACUCGUUCUACACUAACUUUUCAACCCAUUUUCCACAAGGCGAACGAAACGCACAUUUGGAAUUACGACAGCAAUGUUUUCGAGACAAUUGUUGGCAACCCCUGCACUUACGAUAGGUAUAAAUUGGAACCAGAUAAAGUCAGUGAAGAUGAAUUUUAUCUAUUAUUUAAUGGAUCCCUAUUCGUACCGUACAGUCAACCACCUUUGCUUGGUACUCGAGAUUUUUGUAUGGAAACAUUUUGGAAUGAAUCCAAUCCAGCAGGAAUCACUCUUCCUUUAAUAUGUUUUCAAACACCCAUUGAGGAAGCAAAUUCAUCAGCUACUCUUGUUGCUUAUGCUAUAGGUUUGAUAAUAUCCGUGCCGUUUCUCAUAGCGACAGCUGGUAUUUAUAUACUUAUCAAGGAAUUGAGGGACACUCACGGGAAGGCAUUAGCCUGUCACUCUAUUUGCCUUGCUGUAGCUUUUAGUUGCUUGGCCGCUACUCAAUUGGCCGGUCAUGCAUUUCCAGUUACAGCUUGUACAAUAAUGGCAUAUCUCAUACAGUUUUCUUUCGUGUCGUGUUUCUUUUGGCUGAAUGUUAUGUGUUUCGAUACGUAUUUGAACGUAAGACGAUAUAUCCAUUCUUCUGUAAGCAGAAGAAGCAUGAGACGAAGAUUUGCAUGGUACUGUGCAUAUGCAAUUCUUCUACCGGUUAUAUUACUUGUGGUAACAAUAGCAAUGGAUUUGUCCCCGGCCGUACCCAGUACCUAUUUGAAACCUAACUUCGGGGUCAAAGGUUGCUGGUUCAAAACGGAUCAAGCGGCUUUGCCUUAUUUCUAUGGACCUGUGGCUGUCAUUCUUUUAAGCAACCUUGUAAUAUUUUUAUUCACAUCAAGAGCUUUUGCUAAGCAUUAUGAUAAGCUGAAAGAUCUAAGCCCACUAGAUAUGGCACAUUCAGACUUCAGUACAUCAGACGACUGGGUGAGACUCAGUACAGUAUUGGGUCAGCAAUUGUCCGUUCAGGAGAGAUCGGCUUCUCCUCCACGGGAACAGCAACCGAUACAAAUGAAUUUCACGCAUAGGCUAAAGAAAUAUAAGAAAAUUUUCCGUACUUGCUGUUUGCUGUCUGUCAUAAUGGGUCUCUCUUGGGUAUUGGAAGUGGUGUCAUGGGCGGCGGGCGCCGGAUCUGAUGCUGUCUCUGUUUGGUCAAUCUUCGACCUGAUCAACGCGCUGCAAGGAGUCGUUAUUUUCGCAAUCUUUGUUUUACAACAACCUGUCCGCUCAUUUGUUAAGUUUUCGAAAUUGUGCAAAGCGUGCAGACGGAAAAGGGACGGGUCAGAGGUAUCUGUGGUAAGUGAUCGAAGUAGCAUCGACAACGGCGGCCGAAGAGAUUUCGUGUAGUGACAAUGUCAGCACAUUUGUAUAAUUCAAGCUGAGACUGAUGUAGUUACAGUAUUACCCUGGAUAAGAAUAAAAAUGGAAGUGUAUGAAAAUGUUGGGACCCUAUUUGAUUAAGUUCUGUUAGUAUUGUGAAAUGUUACUGCUGGCAUUUGUAGAUAGAAAUAGCAUACCGCGAUGUCCAAUUAUUUAGUGAUUAACUUUAGGAUUAUUAUAGUUUUUAAAUAAAAAAUAAUAAUUUGCUUAUAGUUUGAUAGUCUUCGGAAUUAUCGUUGGAUGAUUAUUUUUUCUUUUUCACUUUCCAACAAUUUUAAGUACUUAUUGAUAUCAAUAAGUACUUAAAAAGAAUUUGUAUCUACAAAUAUGAAAUGCAAUUGUAAUUCCAAACGCUACCUUAUAGUUUAAAGAAUCUUAUCUUACCUUCUUUUAUUAUUAUGACAUAUUAAAUUAUCAUUUCUUAACCAUUAAUAAAAAUAUAGAUGUUUUUUUAGGUUUUCUGCGAUACUGUCUUUAUUUAUUUGAAUAUUAUUCUUACCUCCAUGAUUACUUACACUGUUUUCGCAAAGUUCCUCAGUGGCCCAGAAAGAGCAAGUUUGUGAUAUAGCGUAUUGCUCCUUGAAUAAUGUAUUCUUGGGACAAACAAUGUGUGUCGUGCAAAUGGACCAAGUGAAGCGUUUGUUUUUCACAUUAAUUAUUCUGAAGUAAUUUGUUGAAAUAUUUAUUUUGCUGAAAAUGAAAUAUACGCCUUAAUUGAUGACCGCGUUGAACCGAUGUAAUUACUUUUCAUUGGGAGCGAAAAGCAAAAAUUUAUUUAUAUCAUUAUUUUAUUACGUGUUGAAAGAAUUCAAUUAUUUCAAUUUUUAAUCAAAAGAGGUUAUCUUUUCAGAAUAUGAUAACGAAAAAAAUAAUAAUAGGCCUAUUAAAAUUAUGAAAUAAAUGAAAAAAAGAUAUUUUCUUAAAUAUACCAGAUAUCUAAAACUAAUAUUCUUCACUAUUAUUGAAUAACGUACUUUCGUUCCUAUCUCUGUUACUAACGAAACAAUUGCACAAUUCCAUAGACAAAUUGCUUCGUGGUAUAUUUAGCUAUUUUAGUUUUAAUGUAAAAGUUACCGACUGGUUCUUUGGUCCGCUUAAGCCUAAGCUGUUAGGCUUCAUAGAAAAUUCUCUUGUAUAAAAAUUAACACUCAUCACACAUGAAAUACAUUUAAUAAAUAUAAUGAGAAUAUUAUAAUAAUUUUUUUAUUGAACUUUGUUCUAUUUAAAGAUUCGCUUUUACCUUAAGCGGGCCAUCGACUGUAGCUUGUGGCUAUUGAUAGUAUUAUCUUUAAGAGAAUUAAUAUUUUUAUAACAAAUCGUGACCAAUGUUAAUGGUUAUAGUAUAAGAGCAAAUGGAGUCCCUUCUGUUUGAAAGUUGGACGUAGUGACAACUUUAGUGCCAUAAUUGUAAUUAGUCUACUAGAAAAAUGUAUGGUGCGAUUGAUUUCCUUUACGAAAGCUAGUCAUAUUGUAAUUAAAUAUAUAUUAAGAAUUAUAUAAAAAUAAUUGUAAGUUAUUAAUUUAUUUUACAUAACGCUAAAAAUAUAGCGAAUGUUUGUUGAAUAUAUAUUAUUAAGAAUCGACAAUGACAACAGAAACAAAAAAAAUUGUUCACAUUAAACACAUGCUGAUUUCUAUUAUUAAUAAAAUGUAUUGAUAAACAAAACAUUAUUUCAACUUGUAUAUAAUCUUAAACACGUAUUAAUCAAAUAUAUACUUCGUUUCUACAGUGAUAUAAUGAUAUACGACUUCGAAACUAAAAGCUUGGAAAAGUACUAGCCAGUACUACACUUGUUCAGAUGCAAACAAUUUCACAGUUGUCCUUUUCAUCCCGUCGUUCUUUAAACCUUUCCGCGUAUAAGUUUAUUGGAUUCCAUCAGUUCAUAUCAUUGUUAUCAGUGAGUACUGUGACAAAUUCUUGUAUCCAGCUGACACAACCUCAAAUAAAGUAAUGUAACACAUGAGCCAUUAUUUUUAUUAAGAUUGGGCCCUCACACGGCUUGUGAUGGGUUGGUGUUUUGCUUUUUUUAUGGACAUAUAAAUUAUUAUAAUUUUUGCAAACUAGAAUGUUAAAAAAACGAAGAAUAAAAUAACGAAAGAAUUAGAAAUUAAAUAGAAAAGUGGAUUUUGUAAAAUAUUAGAAACUAUUUAAUUCGUUAGUUCGUGUCCAUUACAGUGUUUUUUUUCUUUUAUGUCUCAUGAAAUAUUAUUUACACUUGAAUAGGACAAAUUCUUUUGUAAUAUGCUAUGGGGCCCAAAAGAUUAUAAUUUUCAUAUUAAACAUUUCCCACCCGAUUAUAUAUUUUAGUUUAUUCUAUGCGAAAACGUGCAGGCAGAAUGUCACCGGUUUUGUAUUUAUUUGUAAGUGACUAUGUAAAUAUGAAAAGUAUUAAUAUGUUUUAUUUAAGUUAUAAAUAAAAUAAAGAAUUGAUGUUAUGCGUAUUUUGUUUUCAGUGAGCCGAUAUUUUAAAAUACUUUUGUAUAUCAGUGUUUAACUUUAUUAUCUGAAUUGUUAAAUUUUUUUGCUUAUUUUCCGUCCCGAAAGCAUCAAUGUUGUCUUUAUGGUGUAAAAAAUAUAUUGUUUUUCAUUCCUUUUAACAUCUACUAAAACGCCCCAUGACAAUAAUUAGAUUUUAACUAUAAAAUGCUUAUUUUCAUUUCUUGUUAUUUAUUCUGUGUAUUGGUAAAUUUUUUUUGCUACUUGUUUUUUUUUUUAUUUCGAUAAUAUAUAACGCGUGUACCUUGUAAUAUAUUAAUGUUAAAUUAUGCGGAUUUUUUAAGUAAAAUGACUAUAAUGAUGUAUAUUUGUCUAUUUUGCAAAAUAUGAUGUUAAAUAAACAAGCUUUAUAAAAAACA